UAUUAUUAGUCGACUGCGGCCGGUUUUUACAACUUUACUUUGUCUCUUCGCCAUGUUCAACAUAAUUAUGCUGUCGUUAUGGUCGUAGGACUUGGAAGAAUAUGGUUCAACUAGAUACCUCUUUGAAGUGUGUAAAGGAACUGAACUGAAAGCCCAAUCCACGUGUAGUGCCCCCGUCGUGAUUCGAACCGGGGUCCUAGAGUAGAGGUGGAAGGCGAGGAAAGAUAGGCCUACGUACUACGCCAACCCGGCCACCCAACCACCUAGACUUGAUUCAAGUCUUGUUCUCGUGCGAGAGGUCAAUGCAGUUCAAGAAUUGACCGUGCAAGUGACUUGAGUUAAAAUGGCGUCGGGGGGCAAAAAGAAGAAUGAAGACGAAGGAUCAGCAGGCUCGUGGUUUACGUUUGGUGCAGCACUUGCUGCAGCUGCCGUAGGCACCUAUGCUGCUGUCAAGUUAGUGCAGCAUGUAACAAAGGAGGCCGAGCCGGAGGACGAGCCUCCAGUGACAAGAGGAUACAGUAGUGGUUCUGGUGGAGGAUACAGAGGUGGACAAGAUUACCAAUCUUCAUCUUCGAGUGAUUGGUUUCCGAGUCAAGAUUCGUAUAACCCCCGUAGAGGAUCCCAGGAACCUAAGAGGGUCCCUAAGCCGUUUGGAUCAAUUCCAGUGGGUAGAAACAACAUGGGCUCGCCAAUGAUAGAUUACGGGCCGGCAGAGAGAAACCCGUCUACCCGUGGAGAUGGAUUAGUCUUGGAGGAGGAAAAACCCUGGUGUUUAACCCAGGGUGAACUAGAGACUUGGUACAAAGAUAACAUACAACUUGGGACGAAAGAAUUUAAAUCUGCUUGCUCAUCAGCAAUCGACAAUGUGGUCAGACACAUUCACAGGAAGUGCUCCUCUAAUAUUCUCAACUUCGAUGUUGAUAAAGUCGUUAAGGGUGGAUCACUCGGAAAGGGCACUAUGGUAAAAGGUCUAUCGGACGUGGAUCUGGUUGCGUUUGUCAACAAACCAUACCUUAAACCCAUUGCGGAGAUUGGAAAAGAAGAGUAUACGAGAACCCUGUCAAGAAUCAUUUCUGACAUAAAGUCAACUUUGGAAGGUGUCCCGGACGUCCAAAUCGUACGAUCCGAUCGAUACUUGGUGAAUUUCAAGAUGCAGGUCGAUAGUCGAUGGAUUGACGUCGAUCUCCUUCCUACAACGGACAAUGCUAAAUGUUAUAUCUCUGAUGACGACAUGUUCCGGUCUAUGCUAGAAGUCGGGAAUGGAACAAGACAGCUUUAUUCUGCAUCAUUCGUUCAAGACCAAGUGCAGUUUGUAAAGGACCAACCUGGCUACGUGAAGGAGUUAAUACGCCUGGUGAAAUAUUGGGCGUCGAGAUUCCUCCCUAAGUAUCUCCAGAAGUCAUACCCUCUGGAGUUGAUCACCAUCUACCUAUGGGAGAAGGCAGGGGAGCCCGGACGCCGGCUGAGCAAAGCUCGGGGUUUGAGGAGCGUCUUGGAGGUUCUGACCAAUCUGGACGAGCUGUGUACCUCUUGGCAGGACAAGCACAUCGAUGAGGAUCUCUCUGAAGAUAAUAUCAUCAAGAAAGACAAAAUGAAAAGACCAAUCGUUUUGGACCCGGCCAACCCCACGAACAACGUUUGCUACAUGUACCAAGGGAAGGAUAAGAUAACUGGGGAUCCUUUUAUGAAGGUGAUAAAGGCAGCAGCCGAAAGGACCCUCCGGACCGACCUCCUCAGAAACGUCACUGCAUGGCCAAACUUGAAGGGCGGAAACAACAUGGACUCGCAAAUGAUACAUCAUUAUCACGGGCCAGCAGAGAGAAACCCGUCUACCCGUGGAGAUGGAUUAGUCUUGGAGAAGGAAGAACCCUGGUGUUUAUCUCCGGGUAAUCUGGAGACUUGGUACAAUGGCAACAUACAACGUGGAACGGAUGACUUCAGAACCGACUGUCAGUCAGCAAUCGACAGUGUGGUCAGACACAUUCACAAGAAUUGCUCCUCUGAUAUUCUUGACUUCGAUGUUGAUAAAGUUGUCAAGGGUGGAUCGCUCGGAAAAGGCACUAUGGUAAAAGAUCUAUCGGACGUGGAUCUGGUUGCGUUUGUUAACAGACCAUACCUAAAACCCAUUGCGAAGAUUGGAAAAGAAGAGUAUACGAGAACCCUGUCAAGAAUCAUUUCUGACAUAAAGUCAACUUUGAAAGGUGUCCCGGGCGUCCAAAUCGUACGAUCCGAUCAAUACUUGGUGAAUUUCAAGAUGCAAGUCGAUAGUCGAUGGAUUGACGUCGAUCUCCUUCCUACAACGGACAAUGCUAAAUGUUAUAUCUCUCACUCAGAUAUGUUCCGUGCCAUGCUGCAGCUUCACGACAACCAUGACAGGGAGUUCUACUCCGCUUCCCUUGCCGAACAUCAGCUCAGCUUCGUCGGUAACCAGCCCCGGUACGUGAAGGAGCUAGUCCGUCUCGUGAAGUACUGGGCGAAGGAAUACCUCCCUGGGUAUCUCCAGAAUUCAUACGGCCUGGAGCUGAUCACCAUUCACCUUUGGGAGAAGGCUGGGAAACCCGUUGAAUUCAGCAAAGCCCAGGGGUUGAAGAGGGUCCUACGUGCACUGACGCGGUUGACGGCACUGCGUGUCACUAGCUGGUCUAGCUCCCGUCUGUACGACGCUACACUGGCACAAAGCGCAAUUACACAGCUUAGAAUGAUAAAUCCGAUUGUGUUGGACCCAGCCAAUCCGACAAACAAUGUCUGUCAGCUCUACCAGCAAGGGACCAACGGGAGAGAAAUCGCCUCAGCCGCCGGGCAGACCCUCCAGACUCAACUCCUGAUGAAGGUCAAAGUCCGUCAAGGGUGGAAAGCAGAGGGCGCCGGGAGCAACUUCAUGGCCGCGCAGGGAGGAGCACGGUCCGUCUUGGAGAAUGAAGAACCCUGGUGUUUGUCUGAGGGUGAUCUAGAGACUUGGUACAACGAGAACAUACAACUUGGAACGAAUGAAUUCGCAAGGAAGUGUCAGUCAGCAAUCAGCCGCGUGGUCAGAUUUGUCCACAGCAAUUGCUCUCUGGAUAUUCUGGAGUUUGAUGUUGACAAAGUCGUAAAGGGCGGAUCGCUCGGAAAAGGCACUAUGGUGAAAGACCUCUCUGACGUGGACCUGGUUGCGUUCGUCAACAAACCCUAUGUGCAACCCAUAGCAGAAAUUGGGAAAGAUGCGUAUAAGGAAACUAUUACAGGAAUAAACUUCAACAUAGCGUCCACUUUGGAGCUUAACCCAGACGUGAAAGACAUAAAACACGAUGAGUACGUAGUGAAGUUUGAGAUCGAUGUCGGCAGUCGAUGGAUUGAAGUCGAUCUUCUUCCCACAACUGACAAUAUUAAAUCUCAUUCUUCUUAUGAAGAAAUGUUCCGGUAUAUGCUAAGCAAAGGGCACAGGACGAGGCAGUACUGUUCGCCUUCAUUAGUUCAUCGUCAGGUGCAGUUUGUUAAGGAACAACCUGGCAACGUGAAGGAGUUGAUACGUCUGGUGAAGUAUUGGGCGUCUAGAUUCCUCCCUAAGUAUCUCCAGAAGUCAUACCCUCUGGAGUUGAUCACCAUCUACCUUUGGGAGAAGGCAGGUAGGCCCGAACGACGACUGAACAAAGCUCAGGGUUUGAGGAGCGUCUUGGAGGUUCUGACCAAUCUGGAGGAGCUGUGCGCUUCUUGGCAGUACAAGCACAAUGAUGAGCACAUCACACAAGACAUUAUCAAGAAAGACAACAUGAAAAGACCAAUCGUUUUGGACCCGGCCAACCCCACGUUCAACGUUUGCUACAUGUACCAGCAGUGGAAGGAUAAGAUAACUGGGGAUCCUUUUAUGAAGGUGAUAAAGGCAGCAGCCGAAAGGACCCUCCGGACCACCCUCCUCAGAAACGUCACUGCAUGGCCAAACUUGAGUGAGUAGGGCGCCCUCCACCGAAGCAAAGAGCGGUAUUUUACAGUAACUCCUGCAUGUAUUCAGGUCAGACAAUCAUGCGUCAAAAAUUUUACUCCUAUAUUAAUGGCCGACCGCGUUGUCGACGAGGUAAAAGGAAAACCACGCAAUUUCGA